UACACAGCCUUAGCCGAGCCGAGCUCCCUCUGUACACAGAAUGCCCACAUUAAUGACAAAGCAUGGAGUGCCUCUUGCAUGCCUACAGCUAACCGGUGGGGAGAGCCAGACGGUGGAUGCUAACGCAGGAUGCUAAAGGGGGAAGGUACGGAGUGACGAGCCGAUCUGUUUUCGGUCUGCCACGAGAGCCUUGGGGGCCCGUCGUCCGCCAUGGAGUUUGCGAGAGUUCAUUCAAAGUUCCGGAGGACGGUGCUGCUGGUGAUGCUGAUGUGUGAAUGUGGGGUACUCUGCUCAGAGACAUUAGACAGAUGUGCAUCCUCCCCAUGCCAGAAUGGAGCCACCUGUGUGGACGGCGAGGACAGCUAUCAGUGUCUCUGCCCCAGGGAAACAAUGUGGUACAUGGGCAAGGACUGCGAGGAGCUGUACGAUGCGUGCGCUUUCGCGGACUGUCCCAACUGCACCAGCACUCCAGGCACCAGGGACUUCAGCUGCGGCUGCCCGGCUGGUUUCGGAGGCACCAACUGCACAGUCAGAACCGGCGGUUGCGAGAGCGCCCCCUGCCGGGGGGCGAGGACGGAGUGCGUGGACGGCGAAGACGGCUACACCUGCCGCUGCCCCGGCGGCCACGGCGGAGAGGACUGCCGGACCGGCGUCGGCGCCUGCCUGGAGGAACCGUGCCUGAACAACGGCAGCUGCGUGGCGCUGCCGGACGGCGGCGGGCACCGGUGCCAGUGCGGGCCGGGGUUCGGCGGCCCGCGGUGCGAGGAAGACGUCGACGAGUGCCAGUCGCACCCGUGCCAGAACGGGGCCAUCUGCAUGGACCGCGCGAACGGCUACCAGUGCUUCUGCGUCCCCGGUUUCCAGGGGUACCACUGCGAGAUCGACAUCAACGAGUGCGCCUCGCGACCCUGCGAGAACAACGGGACCUGCGUUAACGAGAAGGACCGCUACAGCUGCGAAUGUCUGCUGGGCUACACAGGAGUGAACUGUGAGGUGGAGAUAGAUGAAUGUGAGUCUGACCCCUGCCGGAACGGAGCCACCUGCCACGACCACGUGGGCCUGUACGUCUGCCAGUGCCCGCCUGGCUUCGAGGGCCUCGACUGUGAGAUCGACAUCGACGAGUGUGAGAGCGCCCCCUGCCUCAACGAGGGCACCUGCAACGACCUGGUGGACAGCUACGAGUGUGACUGCAGUGACACAGGGUUCACAGGAGAAGCCUGUGAAGUGGACAUCCCAGAGUGCGCUUCGAACCCAUGCCAGAACAACGCCACCUGCCAGGAAGGGAUCAAGUCCUACAGCUGCCUCUGUUGGCCAGGUUAUGAAGGCGAUCACUGCGAGAUUGACAUUGACGAAUGUGCGGUGGAACCCUGCCAGAAUGGUGGCCACUGCUUUGAGCGCUCGAACAUGACGAACUACGGCAAGUUGCCUCAGUUGGACUGGCAGUUCAGCUAUGCAGACGCAGCUGGGCACCUGUGCGAGUGCCUACCUGGAUUCACAGGUGAAAACUGUUCAGUUAACAUCGACGAGUGUGAGUCUUCGCCCUGUCAGAAUGGAGCAAGCUGUGAGGACCUGGUCAACUCCUACAAAUGCAUUUGUCCAGCUGGCUACACAGGCACGGACUGCGAGACGGACAUCGACGAGUGCGAGAGCGGGCCCUGCCAGAACGGGGCGGAGUGCGAGGACGGCGUCGCCCACUACACCUGCCGCUGCCCCGCCCCCGCCGAGCCCGGGGAGGAGCCCUGGGGGGGCCGCGACUGCGACGUGCGCCUGGUGGGCUGCGCGGGUCACCGGUGCCAGAACGGCGCCACCUGCGCCCCCCUGCUGCGGGACGGUGAGCACGGGCACGCGUGCCUCUGCCCGCCCGGCUUCCGCGGGGACCUGUGCGACGCGCCCACCACCUUCUCCUUCUCCGCCCCGGGCUUCGCGACGGUGGAGACGGCGCACCCGAACCGGAGCUGGGGGGAGGCGGACCCCCAGGGGCCCGGCGUGAAGCUGCGGUUCCGCACCACCCUGCCGGACGGCGUCCUGUUCUACUGGGGCGGCGGCGGCGGUGAUGAUGGUGGUGGCGGCAGCGACGGCCUCCUCCUGGAGCUGGCAGGGGGGCGUCUCCGCGCCGAAGCCGUCUGGCAGGGCACGGAGCUGGCGGUGGCGCUCCCGGGCGCGGUCAGCGACGGCGGUUGGCGCGAGGUCGCCGUGGCUCUGGGCGAGACGCUGGUGCUGGAGGCGAGGGGGGCGGGCUGCGAGGGCGGGGACUGCAGGGCGGAGGCCGCCGCCCCCCCGGGCCACGCCCGCUUCCGCCCUCCGGACUUCUUCAAGCGGGCGACGGUGGGCGGGGUCCCGCCGGAGCACUGGAACGGCGAUGGGAGCGGGGCGGGGUUCGUGGGCUGCAUGCAGGACCUGCUGAUUGACGGCUGGCCCGUCCUACCCCAGGCCUUCUCCCUGAACCAGAGCCUGGAGCUGGGCUGCAACAAGACUGAGUGGUGCCACCUCGACCCCUGCUCCGGCCACGGAGACUGCGUCGACCUGUGGACCCGCUUCAGAUGUGAUUGCCACCGCCCCUUCCAUGGGCCCAGCUGUGCGGAGGAGUUUUCGAUGUGGACGUUCGCGCACGAGGACACGGAGAGCUUCGCCCGGUACGAGGUCGCCGGCGGCCAUGACAGCCACAACUUCAGCGUCUCCUUCUUCCUGCGUUCGCUCAAGCAGGAAGGCCUGCUCUUCCAGCUGAGGCGGGGCGGGCGCGCGCGCUUCACCGCCUUCCUGAGGGCGGGCGUGGUCGCCGCCAGCGGCCUGUACGGGCACAACGCCUCCAGCCAAAUUUCCGUCGCCACCGGGAAUAAGACGCUGCUGACGGUGGAGUUCCGGCGCGGCCUGGCCUCUGUCCGGCACGCCGAACAUCACGUCUCGCUGGCGGCCGUCGGCGUGGUGACGGUGAGAGCGGGGGACGCGUUGUACGUCGGAGGCCUCCCCGGGGGGAGCGGCGCGGAGCAGUGGGGGGGCUGCUUCAAGGGCUGCCUGCAGGACCUUCGUCUGGACGACGCGCGUCUGGCCCUGAACGAGCAGGACGCCGCGGAGGAGCCCGCCGCUGAGCUGAGCUACUUCCCAAACCGUACUGAGCAUGUGCAGAAGGGCUGCCUUAGUGACAACACCUGCCAGGCGGAGCCGUGUCGGAACGGAGGAGAGUGCUCGGUCGUGUGGAACGACUUCGCGUGCCGCUGCCCGCUGAACUUCACCGGGAGGACGUGCGAGACGCGCGUGUGGUGCGUCAGCGACCCCUGCGUCAUGGGCGGCCGCUGCGUGGACCUGCCCGACGGCUACGAGUGCCUGACCAACGGCACGUUUGAAGACAACGACCUGCAGUUCAGGGCCAACGGCUCCCUGGUGGGCCCCGUGACGAACGUCUCCCUGUGGCUGCGGACGCGGGAGGAGAACGGCGUGCUGCUGAGGGCCCGGAGCGGGGCGGAGCUCUUCUGCGUGGGCCUGCUCAACUCCUCCGUCCUGGUGAAGAUCAGCAGCGGGAACAGCCUGGAGCUGCUGGCCUUCGCCAGCGACCAGCUGGUGGCCGACGGCGACUGGCACCGCGUGGAGGUCUCCAUGGCGGACCCCAGGCAGGCCGCGUCGCGCUGGACGGUGGCCGUGGACGGGCGGGACGGGGGCGGGAGCCUGGGCGCCGCCGGCAACCUGGACUUCCUGAACGAGUCCUGGGUGCGGCUGGCGGAGAACUUCACGGGCUGCCUGGGGGAGGUGCGGGUCGGGGGGGUCUACCUGCCCUUCGUCCCCGACGGGGGGAGCCCCCCGCCGCAGCAGGCCCGCUUCCUCCGGGAGGGGGGCGAGGACGUGCGGCUGGGGUGCGCGGGGCCCCCCGUCUGCGCGUCGGGGCCCUGCCUGAACGGCGGGGCGUGCGAGGACCUCUUCCACCUGUUCGGCUGCUCGUGCGCGGCGGGCUGGGAGGGGCCGCGGUGCGAGCGGGACGCCGACGACUGCGCCGCCGGGCCCUGCGUCCGCGGCGCCUGCGUCGACCGGCUGGCCGACUUCGGCUGCGACUGCCCGCCCGGGUACGGGGGCAAGCGCUGCCAGGAGGACCUGGACGAGUGCCGGGGGCACGGCUGCCGGAACGGGGGCACCUGCGUGGACGGGGUGGCCCGCUACACCUGCGUCUGCCCGCACAACUUCACCGGGCCCCUCUGCGAGUGGAGUUUCCCCCCCUUGCAGUGCGGUCAGGACCCGCCGUGCGAAAACGGGGGGGUCUGCAGUGACGGGAUCUGGGGGACCAACUGCACCUGUGUAGCCGGCUACUCGGGGGACAGGUGUGAGGUAGAGGUUGACGAGUGCGAGUCGAACCCCUGCCAGAACGGCGGAUCCUGCCUGAACAGACUCAACAGGUUCCAGUGCGUGUGCGCGGCGGGCUUCGUCGGCCCGCAAUGCGAGAACGUCAAGCAGCCACAGAAAUUUCAGGUCUCCCUGCUGGUGGUGGCGGUCCCGCUGGCCUGCUGCUGCCUGCUGCUGGCCGCCAUCGGCCUGGUCUUCAUGGUGAUGACGGCGCGGAAGAAGCGCCAGUCGGAGGGCACCUACAGCCCCAGCCAGCAGGAGGUGGCGGGGGCGCGGCUGGAGAUGGACAGCGUCCUCAAGGUGCCCCCCGAGGAGCGGCUGAUCUGACGGCGCGGGCGGGGAGAGGGGGGCGAGGGUGGGGGAGGCGCGGUGGGUCCUCGAGGAGGAGCGGAACGCCGUUCUGCUCCACACUGGGAGUUCCUCUGGCCCUUUGAACUGAGGCAGGUGGAAAGAUGGAACAGCUGCUGGGAGGGAAAAACAAAUACGGUUCCCAGUUAAACUGAAAACUUUCCAUGGACUCUUCUGCCACAUUGAUACCACCGCCACCCUCCCCCCCUUCUCUGGCUCUGAGGUGGGUAAGCGGGUCCAUGCCCUACCCGCUGUUCAUUUGUACCCAUUUCACCCCCAACGUGGGCUGUACCAAGGAGACACUGAUCUCAGACUGCUGAAGAAGGGAGACUGAAUUCAGACCAACCCCCACUGUUGUUUUCAUUGCGUUUCGCUGAACAUCGUAUCCUGUUCUGUCCUGGUCUUUGUGCGAGGACCUUUCUACACUGGAAUUCGCUCUCUAAGAGUCAUUAACGAGGACCCUCAUCUCUGGUACACACUUCAGCACCCUUAGUGUGUACACAGUAGCAGGUGGCUAGCUUUUAGCUGCCCCCUGCAUCCAGGCAUCAGGACAAAGCCACAAAAUCUUGCUCCUUUUUUCCCCUACCUGUAAUGUGAGUUCAUUGUGUGACAAUUUUACACAGCUUUUAUUUGUUCGUAUGACUGUGUCAUGCUGAGAUAUUAUAACGUUACUGUGAAAGAGGUAAAUUGCCCCAAACAACAGAGGUGCACUGGUUUGGCUCUGUGCUAAUUUAGAAUCUAAUUGUAAUUUAACUAUACCCUGUUGUGCAGUCCUGCCACCCCGUUCCCCCAAACGAUAGUGUUGUGUUUAAAGACAAAAAGAAAUCAACUAUGAAUAAUUUCCAAGAAAUCUGACAUCUCCGUCUUUGAUGUGCCAACUAAAGACCUGAGUAGUUUAUUUAUUUAUUUCUCUUUGAGGAUGACAGAUGAUUUCCCUCACCGUGUAAGCGAAGACCUGUAUUCAAGCAGUGGGGCGCCUUUUGUCUAUUUGACACUCCAGCCUCCAGACAAUAAUGAGGCUAAAGAGCUGAGAAGCAUGCAAGCUACAUACAGUAUCUCUGCAGAUAGUAGUGGAAUAACAGACAUCUGAGUAUUCAUCUCAUUUCCUUUCUAACUACUGAAAAAUAUCUUUUUUUUUUGUCUUAAAUACUAGCAUAGAAUUGUAUUUAUCUUUUAGCUGUUAGCUGUUGGUACCAGCUUAUCUACAAUGCACUGUACAUUUACACUGUAAAUUUCAAAGAAUCGACACUGGAUUAUCUGCUUGUGAAAUCUUGCGUGAAAGGUUGCGUCAAUAAUCAAGCUGCAGCUGUUUCGCUUAGACAUGCAGACGGCAUACAUGGCAUGCGGCAUUGCGUAGCAACAUAGCAGGGCUGCAUGUUUUUGCAGUAUAAAAUUGUGUGGGUGGGUGUGUGUGUGUGUGCGUGCGUGUGCAUGUAAUAAAGGGUUGCAGAGGAAAUAUGCCACAGACUUGAAGACAAAAUGUGCCAGGUUGAAUAAUUAAGUUCUUUUCUUAAAACAAAUUUUACAUAACUUAUAUAGGAUGAUCAGGACCAGUGGACACAGUAAGUCUAUGCAAAAUUAUCGAAGGCAUACAAAUCAAUCUCUUUAAGGGAAAAAAAGAACAUUUGUAAGAUCCUUUUUAUACAGAAAUGUUACAAAUGCCCUCUGCCCCUACACAAAUGAAAAAACUGUAGUGCGAAACUGUAUACAGCAUAUGUGCCUUGCUUACAUCUGCCUGAAUACAUACCCUGCCGUAGCAACAGCUUCACUCAUUUGAUCUCGUUCAUUCAGCAUAAAUGCUCCACACCACACAGGCGUGUUUGAGCACAUACAAAGCAAAGCUACAUGACCUUGUGCAAUGGAAUGGCCAGUUCUGCAAACUUGCAUGUCCAGAGGAAUUUUGUACAAGAAAGUGUGAUUAAAUGCAGAGUAUGAAAGAGCAUAGCGGUCUCUCUGCAUGCCCCCUACAGCGCACAGCAGUUUAAUUAGCGAUAAUCGAACAUAUUCACAGGUAGAGUCAUCAUAAAAUAUACUGGCAUGCCACAUUCCUAACGUGGGGGGAAAAAAGCUAGGUCACCAGUUCCACAUGUACAAACAAUGUCUUCCAUUAACUGGAAAUUCUAGAAACCAUCUUUAUGAAAAUGACCUUUUUGCAUGUGUGGCGACUUCUCCAGAAAUGAAGAGUUCAUUAUGUCUAAUAGGGUCGCGCAAACAUUAUAUUCACGCUGAAUAUUGUUUAUUUUGGUAUACAAGUGGCUCAUGUAUUGGCACCUAUAUAAGUACAUGGGAGAUGUCACCUUUAAGUGAGGACCGAAAUGGAUUGUUGUUUUCUGUGAAACCAGGAAGUUAUAACGCAGUGGCAGUGACAUACAGUAGUAAGAUAUCACAGUAAGCCAUUUUCACUUUCCUUUACAUGCCUCACUAAAAAGGAAAUACAUAUUCUUCAUCCAUCAAAACACAAACAGUGUGGAGAGUUCAUCUAGAUGCGAGUACCAGGAAAUCAACGACAUGAGAGAUAUUAUGCUGACACAAGCUUGUUGCUAAUGUUUUUAUCCAAAUCUCGGUACGUGAAAAACGCAUAAUAAACAGUGGUGUCUUACCGUU